GCGAAUUGGUUUCCGAACACGAAUUACUUCCCGAAGACGAACUCCGAAGACGAAUUCCCCGAAGACGAAUGGCCCCCAGAAGAAGACGAAUUCCCCGAAGGCGAAUUGGCAGCGUUUCUGCAAACUCAUGGCCAACACGAUGCGUGGUGCGAAGGCAUGAAGUACAUUGAAGUACGGCAAGUCUUGCA